UUCUUAACUAAAAAACACUGUUGUGUGUUAACACACACACACACACACACAGACUCACACUUUUGCAGUCUUUCCUGCAAUUCUCCAAUCUCAACAAGAAGCUUUUUCAAUUAUAUAAACAUAUGCGUUUCUUUACAUAUAAUGCAGAGUUAUUAACUUUAUAUGUACAAACUCCAUCUGGGUCUUUUCUGUUCUUGUCGUUUUAUCCACUGGAUCAAAGGUUCCGGUCUAUCAUGUGAAAUUUUACAUACCUAGCAGUUUAUGCUCUCUGAAGAACCUUCUGCAAUUUGGAUGUAAACUAGAAAGGAACUGUAGAGAGAGCUAAGAUGUCGACCGAAAGGGGCACUCAUUGGUGUUAUAGUUGUAGAGAACCUGUGACUCUUCAGAGGCAAAAUGCCGUGUGCUCCAACUGCGAAGGAGGUUUUGUUCAGGAGCUCGACGAUGCAGUCAACGUGAGUACCGAAGAACACAACCGAAGGCCCAGGUUUAUGGAAGCUGUUACAAAUUUUCUUAGACAACAAAUGGCUCUAAGAAGCAACAUAUCUGAUGCCAGAAGGAUAUCUGAGCAGGAUCCUCUGCAUGGCAAUUCGUGGAAUUCAUACCUCAUUUUUAGUGGAGAUACGCCAGUGAGGAUGUCUGGUGGCGGUGGGAUCUUUGAGUUUCUCAAUGAAACUCUUGGAUUUAGACGAGACUCUGGCGGUGAUUACUUUAUAGGACCAGGAGUGGAAGAAUUUCUUGAACAUGUCACCCGGGACGAUCCGCGUGUGCCUCCCCCAGCUUCAAGAUCCUCAAUUGAUGCCUUACCAACAAUCAAGAUUUCAAAGAAGCAUGUUCGUGCUGAUUCAAUGUGUGCUGUUUGUAAAGAAAACUUUGAGUUGGGCUCUAAAGUGAGAAAACUGCCAUGCAAGCAUUUAUAUCACUCAGAUUGUAUUGUGCCAUGGCUAGAACAACACAGUUCAUGCCCUGUUUGUCGCCAGGAGCUAACUAGUCAGCCAUCAAAUAAUAACUGCAAUACUCAGAACAUAAGGGAGCAAAAUAGGAGCAGGAGCAGGAGAUGGAGGGGUAGUAGAGAAGAAACAGCUGAGAAUCAGGGAAGGCGGAGGCGGUGGUCUUUCUUGUGGCCUUUCCGUUCGUCUCGUUCCAACUCCAACCAUAAUGAGACAGUUGAGCCGAGUUCAGUUCCCUACCAUCAAGAUCAGCAGUACACAGAGUACUCAUAUUGGCCUUUUGAAUAUUAAGCUCUCCCAAUCUCAAUUGACCCUUUUAUCCUUUCAAAUUCUUUGUGAUCCUAAUGUUUAUCCUCUAGCAAGCAAAUAAAAACAUGUUGCAGACAAGUGUUUGGCCAUGGGUUCUGCUGACUGAAACUUAUUUUAUAGUGGUCAAUGAAAAGCACGGUGUUUUGUGUGUUAUAAUCUUCAA